UAUAUUACUUAAUGCAUUGUUCGAUAAUGGAAAUAUUUUAUUAAAUAAUUGUAAUUUGCUCGUAUGGGAAAGAAAGAGGGAAAUGGUCACAAUAAUAUGUAGCAUAUUUUACAAUUAAAUUUUACAAUUAAAUAUGCGAGUAUGAUAUAAAAUUUGUAUUAAAUGUAAAACAUUUAUUAUUGUUAAAUUCUAUUUUUCAGCAAUAAUGUAUUUAUUAAGCUGUAAUAAGAUGGAAUUUCUUAAUGGCUGCAUGGCAAGUCUGCAGAAGGGGAUUCAAACCUUUCAGGUUGCUACGCAACAGCCGUCUUCGGUCACGCAUGUGCGCGGUGCAUAGUGGGAGUAUCCGCACGAUGCUGAAUCAGUGCAGGACCAGGAGGAGGCUGAAAAUGGUGCAGCAUCAACAAGGGAAAAAAACGCUGCGGUCGCGUCAACGGAAUGAUGUGCCAUCCCUUAAACUCUCACUUUGAGAUUUUACUCCGACGACAGAAGAACAGGUAAAUGGCAGGGUUUGGUAAGGUGCUGGCCAACCGAUGCAGUGUGUAGGGCCCGUUGUCCACGGCGACGAAAACAUGAACGGGGCGGGGGAGCAGGUUGACAUCCUGCCCCCCAACUGCUUGGUAAAAGAGCGUUGGAAAGUGCUGAAGAAAAUAGGUGGCGGAGGGUUCGGAGAGAUAUAUGAAGCCUAUGACCUGUUAACCCGGGAAAAUGUGGCUUUAAAGGUGGAAUCUGCCCAGCAGCCAAAACAAGUGCUAAAGAUGGAGGUUGCUGUACUAAAGAAACUACAAGGAAAGAAUCAUGUGUGCAAAUUCAUUGGAUGUGGAAGAAAUGACAAGUUCAAUUAUGUUGUCAUGCAGCUGCAGGGAAGGAAUCUUGCUGAUCUGAGGCGGAGUCAGCCUAGAGGGACUUUCAGUAUGAGUACAACUCUACGGUUAGGGAAACAGAUCCUGGAGUCUAUUGAAGCAAUUCACUCUGUGGGCUUCCUGCACAGAGACAUUAAACCUUCUAACUUCGCCAUGGGCCGGUUGCCUUCCACCUGUAGGAAGUGUUACAUGCUGGACUUUGGUUUAGCGCGACAAUACACAAAUACGAAUGGGGAAGUGCGACCGCCAAGGACGGUGGCAGGAUUUAGAGGAACAGUUCGCUAUGCUUCCAUUAACGCUCAUAAAAACAAGGAAAUGGGUCGUCAUGAUGACCUGUGGUCAUUAUUUUAUAUGCUGGUAGAGUUUACUGUUGGACAGCUACCAUGGCGUAAGAUAAAAGAUAAGGAGCAAGUGGGGCAGAUCAAGGAACGUUAUGAGCAUAGGAUGCUAUUAAAACACAUGCCCGCAGAGUUUCAUAUCUUCUAUGACCAUGUGCUGGAUUUAGAUUACUUCACCAAACCUGAUUAUCAGUUGUUAAUGUCAGUAUUUGAAAACAGCAUGAAAGAGAGGGUCAUAACUGAGAAUGAGCCAUAUGACUGGGAAAAAUCUGGAACAGAUACAGCCCUCCCCACCAGCACACCACCGCAACAAAAUACACGACAGACUGCAGCCAUUGUGGGGAUAGUGAAUGUGACACCUGUUCCCGGGGAAUUACCACGUGAGAACACUGAUGAUGUUCUGCAAGAUGAACACCUGAGUGACCAGGAGAACGCUCCACCUGGUUUAAUACCCAGCAGGCCUAUUGAGCCCACACCAGCCCCACCUGCUGGUGAAGGAUGGGAUGAAACUGACUUUAAUCGUAAUAAACUCAGGAUUAGCAUCAGUAAGACGCAGGUAGCAGCAGCAGAGGAGGGAGAGGAGCCUGUUGGAGGGUUGCGGCCUGUAUCUCCGGGUAGGAGUGGGGAAGUAGAAGUCCAUGCCUGCCCUUCAAGGUAUCGAAGAGUCAACAGUCCAGAAUCAGACCGCCUGUCUGCUGCAGAUGAUAGAGGAGAUGGUGCAGAUAAGCGCUCUCGUAUGGACAUGCUGGGUUCUCCAUCCAGACACGUCUACUCCUCCCAGCCUGCUCUGAUGUUCUCUAUAGACGCUGGACAGGGAGAUCGACUGGCCGGUGGCCGCCAUGACAUCUCUGCAGAUGGUGACCAGGAGGCCCACAGUAACGCCUUCAUCCGCUCGGUUCCACUGGCAGAAGAAGAAGACUUUGACAGCAGAGAGUGGGUAAUGAUCGAUAAAGAAACAGAGCUGAAAGACUUUCAUCCUGGGGCAGAGCCAACCACCUCAGGCACCACUGAUGAGGAACCUGAGGAAUUACGCCCCCUUGAAGACCACGAGGAGAGGAGAAGAAGAGGAGGUGGUCAUGGACUGGGCGGAGCUGAGGCGGUGGUGCGACCCAAAACGCAACGUGGGAUGAUGCUCGUAGCAGAGGAGGAGGGGGCAGGGCCAAGCCCCACCCAUUUACCUGGUCACUUUUUGCCUCAUACCUGCCCAAGAAGAAGGGAGUCAGAGCCAUUUGGACCAGAUGGACCGGAGAUCGCAGAGACUGAAUGCUUACCCAGCACCUCUCAAACAGGUCUGAAGCGAGUGGACUUCAUGUCUGGUGUGUUGAUGUUUGAUGACCUGGGAGAGGAGGGUGCACAGACACGAGGCUCAGGCAGUGACGGAAGCCCACGUAGUAGUGAGGGAAGCCCAGAGGGUGCAGCAUCCACCCUGCUUGCCCCCGCCCCCGCCCACCGAGACCACGAUCAGGAAGAAGGCUCACGCACCUUGGUGCUGGUCUCCGCUGGUAAUGGCCAGGUUUCACCUGGAGACGGGCAGGGUACCCUGAACGCAUUGACGCCGCAGGGAGAGCGACCUGUGCCCGAUGAAUCUGAACCCGGAACCUUGUCCUCCGUCCUCAGGUCGGAGCCCAGGCCUAUCGUUAUGACAACUGCAGCUGUGAUCACCAGUGGCUCUUGCUCGCCUCCGUUCACCAAAGUGGAACGUACUUUCAUCCAGAUUGCGGAGACGUCACAUCUUAAUGUCAUGAGAGCCAGACGCCGUUCACCUGGAUUGGAUGAGGCAAUAUGUGCGGAGCGUGACGAGUCAGGUGGGGAGAGAAAACAAAAGGAAGAACAAAAAGAAGUGAAACAAGAGAGAAAAAGAGAUGGAAUAACAGUGGAAAGGGAAUAUAAAAACAGGGAAGAAGAAAAGAAAGAUGAUGAGAAGAUAAAGGAAGAAAGUAAAGCUGAGAAUAAUAGCAAAUCUGAAGAACUUGAGAAGGAAAUAGCAUGUGGUGGUGACGAAGCAAAGACUUCGUUUUUAGCUGGAUCCCUUGACCAACCAGAGACUACAGCUAUUGGCCCUGCAGAGACGCACUCUACAGAAACCAAAAUGGAUGUCAGACCAGUAGUAGAGCAACAAACUCAACAAGAGCAAGAAAAGUGUCCCUCUCCGACCCCUGAACAACAGAAAGAUGCAGAUGUGGAAGAUGUGAACGGUGUGUCUCCACAGGGAGCAGAACUACACAAUAAAAAGCCUGAGUCGACACAAAAACGAAGCCGCAUUCCUGUACUUAUGUCGGAGGAUGAAACCGGCUCGGACAAGUCAUCUCAGGCAAGUCAAGAACAGCUGCAAAGAAUUCGCAAAAGCCACCACCAACACCUUGCACGUCUCGUUCUGGAGCGUAAACAGACACAUCUGAUUCGAUCUCGGUCAGCCUCCUCCCGCUCCCCAACACUGUCGACGACAGCAUCUGAGGAUGAAGCCAACCAAUCAGAUGACUCCGCUAGACGGGAGACAGGAGCUGAAGGACGCAACAGAAGCAAGAUCCCUCGGCCAGCCACACCCAUAAGGCGGUCUUCCGACCAAUCGGGAAGCACGAAACUCCCACAGACGCAGAGAUCUGUGUCUUUUAUUCAGUACAGAACCAACAGUUCUCUCAAUCCCAGGAUUCAAAAGUCUGCAAGUCUCCACACAAAUAUCCAUCAGCAGCCGCAACAGCAUCAGAAACCUCAGCUCCGACCCUCUAAAACACUUCCACCUCGUCCUCCAACUUCGUCCCCAUCCCACUCACCAGGAAGUCGCACCGCCACACGCGCUGUUUUUCGUACCUCGGCUCCCAGUGCCCCCCGAAGCAUUAGCACCUCCCCCCGGAGUUACGCCACCUCUCGCACCGAUAGCCCCUCCCCGCAGCGCAUCCGCCGACAGCCCACAUCCAAUGAAACGCAAAGGCACCCCCAGCAGCCCAAACCUCCUUGCCCAUCACAGUCCAAACCCAAACCUCAGGACUCCACCUCCAAAAAGAGCAAACUCUACUCAUCAACCCCAUCCCAAAAAGGGAAGAAAGAACCAAUGGAAUCCAAGACUAAACCAAGAUAAUUAGAGUGCAAUGAAUGAGGACUUUUAUGAUCAUCCAGUCUGAAUUCUCUAGAUUGCUUCUCAUCUGCUAGGCCAUAAAAUUCAGUGUUGGACAGAAGAUGAACCACAACAGACUCAACCAAAAGAUAUUAUUCAGCCAAGAGACUGCAACAGCUACUUAAAUACCUCUAUUGAGGAGAACCUCUGACAUUUACACACAUACACAUUGAGUGUAGAAAACUGUGUGUGUGUGUGUGGUUAUCAUGAAGAAGUGUGUUGGACAGAUCAACACACCUCAUAUGCCUUAAACCUUCAAUGGAAAUAAUUGCUGCCAUCACUUCAAGGCUUCCACAGGCUGUAUCCUCCUGUUAAACACCAUUGACACGUCCAAUCACACAAUCAAUCCUAUUAUAUGCUUUAAAAAAAUUUUCAGUUGCAGCUUUGAAGCACUUCCUGUUCAGCUUCCUCUUGUUACACUACUGCAGGUAAAUAGACAGACAAUGAAUUGAUUUUAUUCGGAAAUUAUUUCUAAAAUGUCUCAAUCUAUAAAAAGCUUUACUUAACCUGCAAUUUUAAAUUUCUAUCAGAUAUGGCGAUAGAAAGGGCAAAAGUUACAGAUUGCAGCUUUAAGUAAAUGGUUGUGGCUAGAAGGGAUACAGCUUUUGCCCAAAUCUCAUGAAAUCACGCUGGAUGAGCAAUUGAGUAUUGUUUUCAUCCUGAUCCUACCCCUAAAAAACAUGCAACUUUUGCCUCUCUAUCGCCAUCUCUGAUAGAAACGUAAAAUUGCAGGUUACUUUACAUAUUUAUCUUUACUCUGGUUAAUGUCAAAUCACGUCAUUUUCAAAAAAAAAUUUACUCUCACUUGUAUUAUUAUUAUACAAUCUGGGUAAGGUAAGGAUACAGAGUUUUGAAAGUUGAUUUUGUAUGUACAGUACUUGUUUAAUAACUGUUUUUUGUUUGGUUAUAAAAAAAGUUAUGAAUUGCAGCUUUAAGACAAAAGUCCCACAUGUACUUAAAGGUCACCUAAUAUGAGAGAUGUUGUUUGAACAUAAUUGUAUCGGCUGUUCUGAGCAAACUGACGCCACUUUGCGCCGGCCCCCGUCCACAACCAUUUAAAGGCCACAGUAGGUCAUAAUUUAUAUUUUGAAUCAUUUAUUACCGCAUGUUAGGAGGAGUGUGACGAGAUUGGUGGAACACUGUCUCGUGAUAUCAGCAUAAUGUUGAGUUUGUGGCAAAAUCUUUUACAGUGCAUGCAUUAUAUUAUUCUGUCUUUUACUGCGUGUGCUUUUUUUGUUUGGGUUUCGAAAAUCUUCCUUUGGGAACUUAUAUAAAGUCUGAGGCGCUUUGUAUUUGUCUGUUGAUCAUUCACAUAUGAAGUGUCUCAGCAGCUUAAACAUGAAUGAAUGUCUGCAUGUUCUUGCUCAAGAAUAACAGUGGCUGUAUCGUUUCUAUUGUAAAGAACUGGACAAAUAUUGAAAAAUUAAAUGGAUUUAAAGUUGUUUGGCAAAAAGUGAGCGUUUUUCAAUCUAAAAUGAAAGUACAAAUAACAAUCGUGAGUCUGCUGGGGCCCUCUGCAGGCAUUUGUUAUAAUAAAUAAUGCUGGUUUUUAUUCCAUAUACACUCACCUAAAGGAUUAUUAGGAACACCUGUUCAAUUUCUCAUUAAUGCAAUUAUCUAAUCAACCAAUCACAUGGAAGUUGCUUCAAUGCAUUUAGGGAAGUGGUCCUGGUCAAGAUGAACUCCAAACUGAAUGUCCCCCACAGUCACCAGAUCUCAACCCAAUAGAUCAUCUUUGGGAUGUGAUGGAACGGGAGCUUCGUGCCCUGGAUGUGCAUCCCACAAAUCUCCAUUAACUCUUUCACCGCCAGCGUUUUAAAAAAAAGUUGCCAGCCAGCGCCAGCGUUUUUCAUGAUUUUCACCAAAGUUUAAUGCCUUCCAGAAAAUGUUCUUCUUUAAAUAUAUAAACAUACAAUAUACCAAAUGAAAGAACAGACCCUCUGCUUUCAAACAAAAAAACCGUUUCAUCCUACCUUUAGUGGUUCUUUUGCAAUCAGCUUUUGAAUAUGGGUAGGUUUUUGCAAAAACACCAUAUUUUGAGCAAAAAGCAGAGAUAAUUCCAUUUUUGUGACGGACUUUUCAUAAAGAUCCCAUUCAGAGCGAUCUUUAAACAGACACGGACAUGCAGCAGCUUGCCACAGGGCAAUACUUCCGGGUUUAAAAAGUUGCGGAAGGGCGCCACCUGGUGGAUAAUAGCGGUAUUGCGGAAAGACGGAAAAUCUCGUCAUUGGCUGGGAAGCGUUUUCUCUUAAUUGACGAGAUAUCUCGUCAAUGGCGGGGAAAGAGUUAAGUGCAAGAUGCUAUCCUAUCAAUAUGGGCCAACAUUUCUAAAGAAUGCUUUCAGCAACUUGUUGAAUCAAUGCCACGUAGAAUUAAGGCAGUUCUGAAGGCGAAAGGGGCUCAAACACAGUAUUAGUAUGGUGUUCCUUAUAAUCCUUUAUGUGAGUGUAUGUUUUUGUUUAAUAAAACCAUGUGUUUACUUUGUUUUGAUACUUUAUUUGCACCAAUUAUUAGUUAGUCCCUCCAGAAAAACGCGAUUAUGCGAUGGCAUAAUUCAAUGAUUAAUCAGCGGAAGUCUGCAUAUUUAUGCAGGGGCCUCAUUUUUGAAAUACGUCACACUUUUGCCGCAUAAAUUGCAGAUUGAAGUAGUAAAAAGUCAUUUAUAUCUUAGCAGAAAGUUGAAAAAUUUAGCAUUUACUUCACACAUGCGCAGCCACGUCCCCUGUUGUCAUGGGAAUGAUAGGAAGUGAUGUAAUUACACGAAGUGAACAUCAAUGAAAAGCUGCAAACAGUUCCCCGCAAUUUUGUCAAGUUCCCGCAGUUUCAUUGCAUAAAUCCCACAUCGCAUUUUUUAGGAAAACAUGUGGCAAGAUCAAGGACUUUUGCCCGCAACAAUCACAAAAAAACUCUGAACUAAGACUGAUUAGUGCAUCAUCAUUAUUAUUUGUCAUUUUAAAGGUUAUUGCUCAUAUAUUUUAUCAUUGAGUAUUUCUGUCUAAAGUGUGUGAAAAUCUCAUUCUAGUGAACUCAAUCUCGUGUCUCAUCUCGUGGAGUAAGUGUCUCGUCACACCCCUACCGUACGUUUAUUAUAAACAAUGAAGGUAUAUUAGGUGACCUUUUAUAUUCAGUUUCUCUGUGUUUAGGGCAGUCUUUCAUAUCAACUGAAAUCUGUUGAACUUCAUAUUUAUCUCACAAAUAACAACACGAAUAGUCUUAACAUGGUGGUUCUGUGCAGAACAUGCAGAAAUGUAAUGGGAUAGGGCACCUAAGACUGGUAUAAAUAAAUACAUGUAAUCUCUAUACAGGUACAUAACUUUGCUGCUACAAUGUGAUGUCAAUCAUGGAUUAAUUUUGGCCCCUCCCAUGGUCAGCUGAAUGUGUCAAUCCGUCUGUGACACACUUGUCUGCAAAAUCUCUUUGUUAACCAAUCCCCGACCAGCACUGCUCUAAUGGCAUGCACAUAGAUAUUCUCAUUCUUUUCUGUUAUUGUCUUUUGCAAAACUGUAGAUACUAUAAGCAGUAUAUUUGAAAACAAAUUUCUAUUUUUGUUCCAAAAAACAACAAAGGUUACAAAAAAGAGUAAUGAAUGAAUAUAGGACUACUUAAUUGCAUUUUUUCAAUCUGAAAAUGCACUGUUCUGAUCUGUAUGCAACAUUUAGAGUUUAAAGAGAGUUUAAGAGAAAGGUCAAAGAGAACAGAGAUGUCUUCUCUGAAAUAGAGACACACCAAGACGCGUCAGUGAUCUGAAAACAGAUUGGCGGGAACCAAUACUCUGUGUAAAGGCAGCAUGUGUGGAAUUUGUAAAUGUAAGGUAGGAAGUAAUGUUACUGCUGCUCUUGUCACAAUGAAUGUCUACAGCAUGUAUUUAAAUGGUUGUAGGCCAUCUGAUGGAGUUUAAAUUACUAAAAGGUGCUAUUCACGAGUGAGUGUUUAUACAGGCCUGCUUUAGUCAUUGGUGUUUUAUUCGUCCUGUGCUUGGAUAGAACCCGAACAUCCCCGAAGAAACAGAAACACGUGCUGAAAAAUGUCAUUAGUGCACACUACCCCGUGUUCUUUGUGAGGUCUACAUAUAUAUGUGUAUGUGUGUGUGCACAUAUGAACUUAAAGGCUUAGUUUCGGACUACUCCCACUGCAGAACCGCUGCAUGCUGUUGUUUGGAUGAAAUAACAGGACAUACGUUCUGCAAUAUAUGUUCCAGAAUGUUCCAUCUUUCACAAACCCAAAUAACUCUGCUUUAAUUACCAACAAUUUAAUGAAAGAGGGAAGGAGGACGAAGAUGGAUCUUUGGUCAUCUCUCCUUAAUGCGUUCCUUUGUGCCCAUAAAGACAGAGAAUUUGCAUGAAUGUGAGUUUAAUGAAUCAUGACUGACUAACUUGUGCUAAAGAACAACCGUUCUGAAAUAUACAAUUAAAAGUACAAAUUAUAAAUGUCAUUCAAUAAACAGAC